AUGGAGUAUUCAAGUCCUCUUGCAGCCAUUCGCCCUCAACCGCCGCCCUUCAGUCGGAAGGAUGUCCCGAGCCAUGGCUACCAGUCCUACGCUCCGACCAGCUUCGACUUCAAGACCAUGUCCAUGCAACAGCAACCGCGGAAGAGACAAGACUACUUCUCUCUACGCCCCGUGCGAGGCUCCUCGCCCACGGCCUCACUGUCCGCAGAUCUCGACGCAAACUUCCACAUCGACAAGAGGUACCCCUCUCCUCUCCACUCCACAUUCCUCGCUAUCUUACCUGAACCCUCAUGACAUUCUCACUCACACUUCUCUCCUGCAGCCCGCAAGCUCCCACGCCGCGAAGGUCUUUGUUCUCCGUCGACCUCUUCAAGCCUCGCGAACAUGCCGGUAUGCCCAAGAAUGCAUCGCAAUGUCCCUUCCCCUUCCAGUGACUGACCUUGCCAAGGCACCCCGCCCAUCGAGCUCGAGCCUGCCACCACGCCGCCCAUUCUCCCUUCAUCGCCCUAUUGCGACGCAAUGGACAUCUCGCCCCUGCCGCACAAGGCUCCCCACUUCAUCGCAGAGGUCACCCUUGCCUCGCCCACGCCCGCCGACACGCCCAGCGACGUGCCCGAGAUCUCGCCAGAUCUUCUUUCUCCCGACGAACUUCCAGCACCACCAAGCUUCCUCGACUUGCCUGAGUAAGUUGCGAUGCUGUCUCGCUUGUCCGCAUCUCCCACUCACGUGUCUUAGACGUCGACGACCCGUCACCCGACCGUCUCUGUCCCGAAGCAAAGGUCGAUCCGACUCCAGCAUUCCUCAGAGGCCCGCGAGUGCCGAGACGCAACUCCCGCCGUUUCGCUUCGGCAAUGUCGUGCCCUCCGGCCUCUCGUGCUCGUCGACGCCAAGUCUCCUAGAGAGCUUCACCGAAUCGCCCGUCGAUGACCUGCGGCCGUCCGGCGUCGCUUCGAUGCUCCCGCCACCACGUCGAACGUCGCUGAGCAACGCGAACCGCAGCAAUGGCUCUCCGUCCGCCAGUCACGUCCGCAAGCCUUCUGCCGGACGCCCUUCGUUCGUCCGCCCGCAGAGGAAGCUCAUGCGGCGAUCCCUGAGCAUGUUCCAACAUCCCGACGACGUGAUGCGGGAAGAGCAGGACGCAUUCGAGCCACAGCCGAGCCUUCUCGCCUCGGUCAUGGACGUGGAGGCAGAGCAUCACGUAUCGAAGCUUCCAUACUUCAUUCCAGAUGAAGAACCGGAUAGCUUGCCGCGCAUCACCCCGGAGACCAUGAUUGACAUUCUCGAAUCCAAGUAUUCUGCCGAUUACGAGCGUGUCAUGAUCAUUGACUGCCGAUUCGAAUACGAAUACAACGGCGGCCACAUCACCGAGGCCGUCAACUUCAACGACAAGCAGUUGCUGGCCAACGAUCUCUUCGGUGACGAGGUCUGCCAGAACACGCUGCUCGUCCUUCAUUGUGAGUACUCGGUCCAUCGCGCGCCUCUCACCGCAAAGUUCAUCCGUGGUCACGAUCGAACGGUGAAUGCCGCCCAAUAUCCGAAGCUCACCUAUCCGGAAAUGUACAUUCUCGAUGGUGGAUACAGCAAGUUCUUUGCACAACAUCCUUCCAGAUGCUUCCCGCAAAACUACGUUGAAAUGAGCGAUCAACGUCACGAAAUGGCCUGCGAACGCGGAAUGGCCAAGGUGAAGCAGCAGCGCCACAAGCUCUUCCGCAACCAGACGUUCGCAUUUGGUCAGAACCAUGAAGACUGCGAUAUGGAAGACUCCCCUACGGCACUGGGCCGUGGACUGGGUCCACGGACCCAGAGUGCCUUUUCUGUCGGCAACGACCUCGCUGAAGGCAUCGGUCAAUCCUUCCAACGCCGCAUGGCCUCCUACUGA